AUGUCUCGAAAAGCGCAUGCCCGACUUGAUAAUGCAGAUGUGAUAUCCCUCAAUAUUCACCGUCACAAUGUGGCAAGACACCUUGUCUGUCCAAAGGUUCAAAAUUUUGUCCGAUAUGGCGCUGAACAAUCCGAUUCGACAAUACAAGCAGUACCCGCUCUUAAAUCAGUAAGAUGGGUAGGGAGCGGCGCAUUGUGGGACGUCUACGAGGUCAAGUUAUUAGAUGAGAACGAGACACCAACCGAGCAUCCAUCAAAAUUGAAACCAACUGGACUGAUCGUUAAAUACGCUCACCUUCCAACCUUCGAUCAUAUGGCAGAUUCUGGGGAAUUCAAGUACACCUCGGAAAGUGCGUUCAAAUCUGCAAUAGUUGAAUGGCAUAUACUUUCGACUGUACUUUACGAUAUUCAAGGUCAACAUGUUCCUACCUUAUAUGGAACUUUUAGAAACGAGGAGGAGAAUAUGAUCUGUACAAUCAUGGAAGACGUCGGUGAUGCUUUCUGGAGAGUAGAUUUCCUUUAUGAGCUUACCAACAAAGAAAAAAAACAAACUAAAAUAGCUUACGAAGCGCUUCAUCAAAGGCGAGUCUUCCACAACGAUAUACGAGUCAACAAUAUCUGUCUCGCUCCAGACGGCAAUAUACGGAUCGUAGAUUUCGGGGAUGCUAGGGUAACAAAGGACGAUAUGGCGCUGGAGUGGGAGCAGCAAUGGGUAUUGAUGCAGAUGGGUUGGGCGACCUGGCUGCCUCUGUUUAUAAAUAGAGAUAGGAUGAAAGAAGCUGUAUCACACCCAUCCGAAAGUCGAGAACCGAAAGACGACCAAGUCAACUGGGAUGAGCCGACUUGUCUCGUCAGACCGGACGUUUAUGAAAACCGGCCCCGGGAUCAGACAUUCACAUUCAGAGCGAAAGCUGCUGGCGUCAGCAAAAGGAAAAAGCCUGCUUCCGCAAAAUUGGGUAACAAGGCCGCACAUUCUACCAAGAGGAUGAAGCAAAGCGCGAAGGGGGUGGUUUAG